AUGCUAUUCUAUUUACACAUAAUCCUGUUACAUGAAACUAUGGCACCAGAAAUAAAUGAUUCUAGUAAUGUUAAGAAACCUAUUGUAUUAAGAACUGAUGUGCUUGUUAAACGAAAAGAAAAAGCAUUAGGAUUUGCAAUAACUUCAGAAGAAAAAGAUGAUUAUGAGGCAUGUUUUAAUUAUUUUCGAGGAGUACAACAAAAUGAAUUAAAUACAUAUAAUAAAAGUCCAAAUCAAUCAGUACAAACAACUGAUAUUGAAGAAUCAUAUAGAAACAAAAAAAAUUAA